AUGGGAAAUUAUCGAUGGCUCAUGAUUUACUUCUCCUGUUUCGCCAUGUUCUUUUCAAUUGUUGACGCUGUGACAGGGCCGUUCGUUCACAGUUACGAGAAAAGUUUUUGUGUGUUGGCGGACCGAACGAAUUGGAAGUUUGGAGAGGAAUUGCAAUAUUUAUUGAUUUGUGUGCUAUGUGGAUGUUUUGGCGUCACAAUCACAUUCUUCGCCAUUCAUUUUGUCUUUCGAUACUUUGCAUUGGAGAGACAAGGCCGCCUCUCCUAUUUCCACGGCUGCUAUUUCAUUGUCUGGUUAACAAUUCCAAUUCUCUUUGGUACCCUUUGGGGAAUGACAAUUGCAUUUCUAGUGGGUCCCGAUGAAGAGAAAACUGAGUACUUGAGAGAAAGUAUAAUGAGCAACUACAACUUGAGCAUGGAAAAUAUCACUUAUGUCGGAUCGGUUUAUUUUAGAAAAAAUGCGAAAGGAGAGGAGGAACUUGUGGUGAAUAGUAUGAUUGCGAUUCUUAUUUUUACGACGAUGAUGGGUACCUCCUUCGCCGUUGUCUGCUAUUAUGGAUACUUGAGUUAUAAAAGGAUUACUUCAUUGAUAGAGGAAGGAGAGUCAUCAUACACAAGGAAUUUACAGAGGCAGUUGUAUAAAGCAUUGGUUGUGCAGGCAAUAAUCCCAAUUGUCUUGAUGUACCUCCCCGUCGGAAACUACCUCAUUCUUCCAGUCUUUGGUGUCAAUAUAUCUCCAUUCAGCAAACUUGUCACCUUCCUUUAUGCAGCCUAUCCCGCGGUGGAUCCACUACCACUUAUGUUCAUUAUUGAUAACUAUCGAAAUGCGAUAGCAGACUUCUUCUACUGCUGUUCAUCCAACAAAAAUCGUGUGACUGCUAGCGAAGACGAGAUCUCUCGGGGUCAAACUACUAUUUGA